GAAUUGGAUCCAAAAAAAUUAUUUUAUGAAAAUGUACAUUUUUUAGUUGAAGAUUAUGAAAGAAAACAAAAAAGACUUACAGGAAAAAAUGAAUUAACUGCAGAUGAAUAUCGAGUAAUCAUUACCAAAGCAUUAAUAGAUAUUGAAAAAUAUUUAUCAUAUUAUGAAAAACAUUUAACUGAUUACUCAUUUCCUGCACCUGAUUAUAGUUUGGUUGAAGAUGCUAAGGAAUAUAGUAUAUGGGAUCAGGAACUUUAA